AUGCCGUCUUGUUUAUUUCGGUUUUUAGCGGCUCUACUUCUUUGCGCUGUGGGCGCUACUGCUGCAGACACAGUUGAUUGGUGGGAGUCCGCCACACUUUAUCAGAUUUACCCGCGUUCCUUUAUGGACAGCGAUGGCGAUGGUAUAGGCGAUUUGAAUGGCAUCACCUCAAGGUUGGCGUUUUUUAAGGAAAUUGGUGUAACAGCAACCUGGAUUUCGCCCAUAUAUGAUUCACCGAUGGCUGAUAUGGGCUAUGACGUCGCGAAUUUCACGAAAAUUUAUCCGGUUUUUGGCACAAUGGAGGAUUUCGAUGCUUUGUUGGCUAAGGCUCACGAAUUGGAUUUGAAACUAGUUUUGGACUUUGUGCCCAAUCAUUCGAGUGACGAGUGUGAGUGGUUCCAGAAGUCGAUACUCCGCGAAGAAGGCUACGAUGAUUGGUAUGUAUGGGAUGAUGGCAAAAUUGACUCAGAAACUGGCGAGCGUUCACCACCAAGCAAUUGGGAGGCUGUUUUCGGUGGUUCCGCAUGGACCUGGGUUGAAGAGCGGCAACAGUACUAUCUGCAUCAGUUUCUUGCAAAGCAACCUGAUUUGAACUACACUAAUCCCGCGGUGCGUGAGCGUAUGUUGGAAGUGAUGAAAUUUUGGCUCGAUCGUGGUGUAGACGGUUUUCGCAUGGAUGCUACGAAUUUUUUGGUUGAAAAACGUUUUGAAAAUGGCACAUAUCCAGAUAACCCAAUUAAUACUGGACCGGGUGGCGGAGGUAUGAGCGGCAUCAGCUAUACUAAAGAUCAAUGGGAAAGUACAGAAAUUAUAUACGAAUGGCGCGAAUUUUUGGACGAAUAUCAGAGAGUCAAUGGUGGAGAUACAAGAGCUAUGAUUAUUGAAGCAUAUUCCGAAGUCGACGUUCUGAGUAACUAUAUCACUAAUGGAACGCAUGUUGGUGGACAGUUGCCAAUGAAUUUUAACUUCGUGAGACUGGACGAAAACUCCACAGCGGAGACCAUUGAAACACAAGCUAACGCGUGGAUGGAUGUCAUAUGGACCAAACAUAAAAUGGCGAAUUGGGUGGCAAACAAUCAUGACAACAGUCGCUUACCAACACGUAUGGGUGAGAGCAAAGUGGAUGCGAUGACUAUGAUAAUACAUGCACUGCCCGGUACAUCGGUUACUUAUUACGGCGAAGAGAUUGGAAUGCCUGAUUAUGCCGACGCUUGCACAGGGGACUCUUGCGGUUUUCGUGAUCCAGAGCGCACGCCGAUGCAAUGGAACGGAUCGAAAAACGCCGGUUUUAGCACAGGCAACUCAACUUGGUUGGCCGUCAAUCCCAAUUACACAUACUUAAAUGUAAAAGUUCAACGAGGAGUGGCACGUAGCAGCUUGCAGAUAUUCAAGGGCAUGACGGCGUUGAAGAAAACGGAUGCUUUUAAAGCGUUCAAGGAGGAGGGCGGCUUUUCUUAUAAAGCUCUGUCAAAGCAGGUUUUCCAGGUUAUAAGAACCGCGGUAGAUCGUGAGGAAUAUCGUGUGCUUGCCAAUUUAGGCAACCAAAUUGAAUACUUCGAUGGGUUGACGAACAAAACAAUGGAGUACGUCUUGCUUAACUCUUAUUCACCACACAGAUACGGUCACAAGCUUGAUUUAAGCGGAAGAAUUUAUUUAAUGCCUUAUGAGGCGGUCGUCCUACGCUGGUCGGCGUAAAGGGUUGCAUACUAUUAAGUGUUUAUGAAUUAGUUUUACUUAUAAUGAUGUUCUAGAGUUCAUACAAUUAAACACUCAGCUACAAAAA